GUAGGGUUUUGUAUGCCUCUCUGUGUAGCAAGUCCAUUUUCUUGAGACAGAGAGCCGCUGGUGCUCGGAUAGCAGAGAGGGAGAGAGAGGGUAGAGAAAGAAAGAAAGAAAGAAAUGAAGACAAUUCUAUCGUCAGAGACAAUGGAGAUCCCGGAAGGGGUGAAGAUCAAAGUGAACGCGAAGGUGAUAGAAGUGGAAGGACCGCGAGGAAAGCUUAUUCGCAACUUCAAGCAUUUGAACCUGGAUUUCCAGCUCAUCACCGACGAAGAAUCCGGAAAUCGGAAGCUCAAGAUCGAAGCUUGGUUCGGAUCCCGGAAGACCAGCGCCGCCAUCCGUACGGCUCUGAGCCACGUCGAGAAUCUCAUCACCGGCGUCACCAAGGGAUACCGUUACAAGAUGAGGUUCGUCUACGCUCACUUCCCCAUCAAUGCCUCCAUCACCAAUUCCAACAAGAGCAUCGAGAUUCGCAACUUUCUCGGUGAAAAGCGGGUCAGGAAGGUCGACAUGCUUGAAGGAGUUACUAUUCAACGGUCGGAGAAGGUUAAGGACGAACUUACUCUGGAUGGCAGUGAUAUUGAACUGGUCUCUCGGUCCGCUGCCCUCAUUAACCAGAAAUGCCAUGUGAAGAACAAAGAUAUUCGCAAGUUCCUUGAUGGUAUUUAUGUCAGCGAGAAGGGAACAAUAGUUGAGGAAGACAACUGAUAAAAGUGUUUUAUGAGAAUAUUUCUUGGAUUUUUCAACUAGUUUAUUUUCAUCUUGUUUUCGACUAAUUUUUUUUUUGUUUUUUUUGCUCCUAGUUUAUAUUGGAUAGCUUCUACAAGUUUGUUUAAAUUGAUAUAUAAUUUUGUCGCGGGGAAGUAUCAUAACUUUUGGUUUGGUUAAAGAUGUUUGCCUUUCCCCAA